AUGGAACUGCUCGACCUGUCGCCGGACCUGCUCGCCCUCCUGCUCGCGCACUGCACGCACUCCGACUGGGCGCACUGCGCUUGCUCGUGCGCCGCCCUGCGUUCCGCAGUCGGCGACCAGCGGGAGCGCUGCCUCUCCGCCACCGAGCUAUCCUUGGGUAAGCUGCCGCUCCUCCUCUGCCCCUCGCUCCGGCAACUGAGCAGCCUGCGCGAGCUGCGGCUGCGCCGGGUGCCGAUCGGCGACGCGCACCUCUCCGCGGUGGCGGGGCUGCCGCAGCUGUCGCUGCUCGACCUCACGGGCGCGGCGCGAGUCACGAACAACGGCGUCAGACUCGUUGUGGCCGGCUGCCCCGCGAUCGAGGAGCACCUCGCCGUUUGCGAGCGGCGACCACGAUCUGUCCCCGACGAGCACACCUACUAUGCGGACGGCGCCUUCCAGUUCUCCCGCGCGUCCGAGUCGCGAGGGUGGGCGCGGCGGCGCGAGCACGAGCUGCGCGCGCUGGGCUCCGUCCGGGACACCUGCCGGGGCAGGCAGCGCCUUGCGACGACGCUCUCUGCCCUCAUCUCCCGCUUGCGCGUCGGGGGCGGGGCGGCGGGCGGGGGCGGGCUGGGGGCGGUUGGCGGGCUGGGGGCGAUCGGCGUGGGCGGACUGGCCUUUGGGGAGAGCGAGGGGGACGACAGCGAGGAGGAGGCGUACGGGCUGUUUGCCCUUCCGUGA